GUGUGCAAAUUGGGCUCCACGAUACGUGAACGUGAGUGGCAUCCUUCCCCACUCGGCUUGUCGUCCUCUCUGCCCUUUUUCGAGCCAUAUUUCGUCGUUUCGAUGGCGAAUUCCUCAGCGAUUCUAUCAUUUGCCGUAGGUGGAGUGCAUUUUGGGACAUGCGGCCUCCAAUCAAAUAAGCUCAAACCAUUGAGAGGUCACCAGUCACAACUGUCGAUGCGCCAAAGUUCAAAGUAUCAGCUGCAAAAGUUAUCUGUUCGAGCUGAAUAUGGUGAUGGUUCCAGAGGAGGUGGUGGUGAUUUUCUCGCUGGUUUCAUCGUAGGAGGAGCUUUAUUUGGAACCUUAGCUUAUGUCUUCGCUCCACAGAUCAGGAGGUCUUUGUUAAAUGAAGAUGAAUCUGGAUUUCGACGGGCUAAGCGACCGAUAUAUUACUACGAUGACGGUCUCGAGAAGACCCGUCAAACUCUGAAUGCUAAGAUUAGCCAGCUGAAUUCAGCCAUAGACAAUGUCUCCUCACGGUUGAGGGGUGGAAAAAAUACAGCUGCGACUGAGCUCAUUGAAACUGAACCUGAAGUAGAGGCCACCCUGUAGGGCUAUUAUUGCUCAAUGAACAUAGUUAUUUUAAGCUAAGAAGCUACUCUCUGAAAUUUUUAUUCAUGUUUGUGUAUUGAAGUGGAAGAACUAACUGUUCCAGAUUUUAUAUACAUACAGAUUGUGUUCUUGUAUGAAAGACAAAUGCUUAAGUUAGUAAAAAUUUAAAUGUUAUGUUAAGAAAAAUGAUCAUUGCUGUUAUUAUUAUUAUUA